GAAAGGCACCAUACAAACCGAACUUUUGUCUUGAGUCAUUAUUGAGGCAUCUCUUCCUAAACAAUGCUACCCUCUUCCCUUUCUUCCAUUUUACAACAAUGUUCUGUCUCUGUUGCUUUCUCUCUCUAGAACUCCGGAUCUGACUCGCCGCCGUUCCAUGGCCAAUUCCGCCCGCCGGAAGCCCCCUUCCCAGCCUCGGAAACUCUCCUGGUGCUGCUCCUUAUCUGGUCAUCCCCCAAGCCCCGAGAACCCUGUAAUCAUCGCUAAAGCACUUCAUAAGAAGCAUGACUCCUUUUCUAAACCCGCUUCAAACUCACUCCCCGGCUCACCGCUUAACUCCAAAUCCGGGUUAAACUUCGUGGGUAGGAUCGACCCCCGCCGGAUCCUCUCCCCAGGCCGUGUCUCUCCCAUUGACUCCGACCCCACCGCCGGCUAUUCCGUCCAAGAAAUCGUCCCUGACCCAUCUACAGUCGUCGACUCAGCUCUCAAAUCAAGAUCCGAGUCUUUCCGGGGCAAGAAUGAGGGAUCUUUGUUGCAUUCGGGUUCGGGUUGGGAGCAGUAUGAGGGCUUGUUUGACGUGAGGCUAAACUUGAGGGGGAAGAAGGGAGGGGCAUUGGUGCUGGAAACUAGCUCGGAGGUUCUGAUUGCGAAUUCGGAGGUUUUUGCAGGGUUAAUUUCGGAAUAUCGGCAAGGUUUGGGGUCGACGAGUGAUAGAAAAGGCAAUAAUUAUUCGUUGAAAAUGUGUAGAAUAGAGGUGCCUGAUGUAGAGAAUUUGGGGGUUUUUAGGGACACAAUUGAGCUAAUGUUCGAGGACAAUAUUACUAAAAGGCUCUUGAAGAUUGGGGUUUAUAGAGCCAUUGAUAUUCUUGAGGUUUCUGCUGGCAUCAUAUUUACCAAAGGUGUUUCAUCCUGUUUGAAAUACCUUGAGGCUGUUCCUUGGACUGAAGAAGAAGAGGAAAAACUCAGGGGUCUGUUUUCAGUGUGUAAAUUUGAGGAGACAGCAACUCAAGAUAUUUUGGCCAGACUCUACUUGCAUGACUCAGUAGAGUGUCAACAAAAUUUAGCUAGACAACUUGUUUGGUCUAUCACCACUUGUACAGAUGCCAAUGCAAGAAAUGAACUAAAGUCAUUAGUUAAGGGUCUUUUUAGCAAAAGCUCAAUCUAUGAGAAGGACCAACCUGAACUUAAUAAGGAGGAUCUCUAUGUUGUUUGUCAGUCUUGUCUAAGUUCAUUAGGCACCCUUUUGGAAGAGGCCUCCAACACUUCACCCAAUCGGAAGGUGACGAAAACAGGCAAAACAUUGAUUGAACGCAUCUCUAGACAGGUUGAUAACAUCAACUGGUUGCUAGAAAUGCUUCUUGAUCAGCAGAUGGGCGAAGAAUUUGUGGAUAUGUGGGCAGAUCAAGGGGACCUGCUUAGAAUGCAUGAGAGCACAUCUCCAAUGGUUAGAUAUGAGCUUAGUCGGGUUUCUGCAACUCUAUUCAUUGCAAUGGGGACCAGAAAACUGCAUUGCCGUGCAGAAGCAAGAGCAGGGCUUUUCCAGGCGUGGUUUCACCCAAUGCUAGCAGAUUUUGGUUGGCUGCAGAGAUGCAAAAAGGGGUUGGACAUGAAGGCACUGGAAGAAGCCAUGGGUCAGACACUCCUAACACUUCCUCUGAAGCAGCAGUAUAUGUUGUUUAUGGAAUGGUUUAGGUGUUUCUCCAAGCAUGGCACUGAAUGCCCCAAUCUCAGCAGAGCAUUCCAGAUUUGGUGGCGCCGAUCAUUUCUACGAGGCUCAGAAACUUAUGCCAUUGAAUCCAGGUGAAGGUGGGGGGGAUGUCGGUCUUAUUUUCUGCCCUUGUAACAUUGCCAAAUGUUAGAUCGAGGAUUCUGAAAUAACUAGAAUUGAAUAAUGUAGAUUAACCAUGUAGAAUUGUUGUAAUAGCCAGUAGAGAUAAAAUCACAAAAUAUCUUCUGUGAGAUUACGCAUUUUUAUCUAGUGGAAUCAUCAGAGAGUUUUAGAAA